AUGGACGCCGCCCGCUUCUUGCUGACCCUGGCCUUGCUCUCGGGUGGCCUGGGCUCGGGCCGGGGCCGGGAGGAAGAGGGCCUUGGCUCCAAGGAGCUGUUGGCCGAAGAGCCCUGUGCAUAUCCAGAGAGGCUCCUAGACUGGUUGCAGCAAGAAAAUGAAGAGCACGCUGCCCAGAGCCCCCCUGAGGAGCAUCCGCUGGGCGUCCUCCUCCGCUCCCUCCUCCAUGCAGUGCAGAGGCCUGGCCGCAGCCCUUCCUUUCUGUUCCAGCCUCAAAGGUUCGGCCGGGACACCAGGGCCAGCCCCAGCAGUGGUAGCAGGAUCAUUCCACGGGCUUGGGAUUUGAUGGCGCCUCAGUUUCUGAGCAUGGCUGCUCCACAGCGCUUUGGCAAGAAAAAAUGAAACUGGGAAGCCCGAGAGGAAAAGCAACCCACUCAGAACUACGGUCUGCUGGAUUCUGCCAAACAGGAUCGAAGCAUCUCAUCUCUCUUCUCUUCCUACGUCUGUGUCUUGUCACUGCGGUUUGCCUGAGUGCCUGGCUCUCCUGAGCUUGUGCUUUGCUCAUUGUUAACAAGAAGAAUUAAAAACAAGUUGUGACAUCUUGGAA